ACUGUACACAUGUAUAUUUAGCUUCUGAUACAGACAAAUUUUUACCGGUUGAUUGCAAUCGAAUGUGUAAACAGUGCUGCGUCAAUUCUAGCGAUGUUAAUCGCAUGUAAAGUUUUCAUCAAUAUAAUGAGCACAUGUAAAUUAUUACAGCGUCGAUGCUACGAUCUGCUUUCAUACAAAUAUUCAUUGUUGGUGAUAUUAAUAGCGUUUACCUGUAUAUUUAUCGGCAUCAUUCAUUUCGGUGAGAUAUGGAUAGCUUGGAGUAAAGGAAAAUACGAAGCUAUAUUUCAUUCUUUUAAUGAUAAUAUAUUAGGUAUUUCUUUUCAACAAAAAUUAUGUCAACAUGUCCCUAUAGAUGUUGUAUAUACAUGGGUAAAUGGCUCAGAUCCUGUUUUUUUAAAGAAUCUGAAGAAACAUGUUCCUAUUAUGGAUGUUAAUACUGCAGCUUCUAGAUUUAAUGAUAAAGACGAAUUAAGAUAUUCCUUACGUUCCUUAGAAAUGUAUGCACCAUGGGUUAGACAUGUAUAUAUCGUUACCAAUGGUCAGAUACCUAGUUGGUUAGAUAUGGAUAACCCUAGACUUACUCUUAUUACUCACGAAGAUAUCUUUUUAAAUAAAAGUGAUCUUCCUACAUUUUCUAGUCCUGCUAUUGAAAGUCAUAUACAUAGAAUUCCUGGAAUCUCAGAUAAAUUUUUGUAUUUUAACGAUGAUGUAAUGUUAGGAGCUGAAGUGUGGCCAGAAGAUUUUGUUACUCAAGUAGGUGGCCAAAAAGUGUACCUUGCAUGGUGGGUUCCUGACUGCUCUGAUGUUUGUCCUUGGGCCUGGGUAGGCGAUGGAUCAUGUGAUCCAGCUUGUAACACAACAUUAUGUGAAUUUGAUGGAGGAGAUUGUGAUAGCACAACAGUUCCUACUGACAGUGAAGCACUUGAGGAAGAAGGAGAUUAUCCACAUAAGUUUUUACAAGAUGUUCAAGAAAAUGCUAACUAUGGGUUGAAACUUUUUAGCAUAUUAGGAAACAGAAGUAUAAAUUCUGUAUGGAAUAACACAGAAACAUUUACCCAACAAACAUUGGCAAGUGAAGCCAAGGAAUUAAAGUUCAAUGUAAAUAAAUCUUAUAGUUUCAAAAAUAAUAACCAUAUAAACGAUAUUGAAGUGAAUUUCAAUGAACAAUUCAAUGAAAAUAAUCAAACUACAUCCACUCAAAAAUCAAUACUGUCAAAAGUAAUGAAUAGAAUUAAAUUCCAAAGUUCUGGUAACAUUGAUAAACGUGUACACCUGAAACAUUAUUUAAACAAUAAUGAUAUGAGUUUAACACUAAUGAAUAGUACUGCAAAAACAAAUAAUAAACCUAAUUAUUCUGAUCAUUGGAAACAUAGAAGACAGCUAGAUACAUAUGCAGAAUCUUUACUUUAUGUAAAUAGAAUAUAUAACAUAGCAUAUGGUUUUGAACGUAGAAAAGUACCCGCUCACAUGCCUCAUUUAAUAGAUAAAUGGAUCGCCACUGAUAUGCAGACAAAGUUUGAGCAUGAAUUUAAGAAAACGUCUAGUCAUAAAGUUAGGAAUUCCGAAGAUAUGCAGUUUGCUUUUUCGUAUUUCUAUUUCCUGACGAGUGAGAAACGAAAGAUUCCAAUUGGAGAGAUUUUUGAUAGAUUUGACACAGAUAAAUCUGGAACUUGGUCGGAUAGAGAAAUCAGAACACUUUUAUCUAGACUGUAUCCACUACCUCUUGAUUAUAGCCUAGUCGUAGAAUUUGAAAAUAUAAUAACAAAUUGUUCAAAUCACAUAAAUGUCGCGGAAAUAUCAAAUCCACCGCCUGGAGAAAGAUAUUUAGAUUCAUCUCUCCCAAUUGUAUCAAAGGAGUUAAUAGCAAGUUGUGAACCAAUUUCGAGAAAAAUUCUGGCCAAGUUUGGCGAAGGGAAGCUUUAUCCGCAUGAAAUAAUUAAAGCUGGCAAAAAUGAAAUAUUUGAAAUGUUGACCAGCAAUGUAUCUCUGACUGUACAACUCUUGGAUGAAAUACGAAGGGAUCCAAAGAAAUUUAUAUGUUUGAACGAUGACAUGGACCCUCUUCGACGCUCCGAGAAUGAAAUUGUUCGUGCAUUGUUAAAUGAUUUUUAUCGCUCGCUUUACCCACUGCGUAGCACCUUCGAAUUACCUUUACAAUAUCGAAAUCUAUUUGCUCAUCGACACGAACUUUUUGAAUGGAGAGCUAAUAGAACGAAAGCUAGAAAUUUAUUGUUGUGUCUUAUCGUCUUGUUGCUUGUUACAACUCUUUAUCAUUUGUUUUAUCAUCAGAUACGACGGUUAUUCAGAGUGCGCACAUUGCCCACUUUACUCGUUUAAAUUCUAAGGACUAAAUAUGUAUAAAUACGCAAAAUGAACUGACAAAAAAUACACUUAGGUGCAACGUAGGCUUCUUUUGGAUAAGAACAAAUGUAAACAACGAGUGAUGGAAUUUUUUUUUUCUUAGUUUACAAUUUUCCACAGGAAGCCUACUAUACCUGGUGCUGUACAUCUGUAUCUUCCGUGACAGGGCAAUGUCUUCUAAAAGAUUUUAUAAAGAAUAACGGUAUGUACAUAAGAAAAUUUAUAUAGAAAUCGUGUUUGUAAAAAUUUAUAACAUUAUAAAUCGUUCAUCUUGUUUGUUACAUAUCUUACACGUAUAAAUCAUGAUUAUUUUUCGUAUAUUAUUUAUUGGAAACGGUCAUACUAUGAUAAUGAAUUGAUACAUUUUUAUGAAAUUUAAUAUAGUGAGAUAUGAACAUUAGAUUUUAAUGUCAUAUUUUAAAAUUAAGUAAAACGUUCCUGUGAUAUUAAUGAAGUACUAAUUACUUUUCGUUCUCUCGAAUAUGGAAUAUAGAGAAAAUUUUUCUACACAAAGACUGUACACUAAGAAAUAUAAAUUGACUUUAAAUUAUCUAGUAUGUUGAGUGACUCAUUUACAUUAGUAUCUAGGAUAAUAUCAUUAUGCAAAAGCAUUACAAAAUAUUAAUUUAUUUUACUAAAACAUUAUUCUAGUAUGCGUUGCAAUUUUGUUGUCAGACAACUUACAAUCCUUGAAGACUUAAGAUAUACCAAAUUUGUACUUAUUGAAAUGUUAAAUACGAAUCAAUGUGAAAUAUACCGAAUUUUUUUAAUUCAACUUU